AUGAGGAAUCUGUACCGUAUGUCUCAGUCCAAAGAGCGUAUCAAGUAUCACAAGUUCAAUCGCGUCGCCUGUAGCACCGUCGAUCAAACGACUGGUUGCCGGUUAUAUUUCUGUACCCAGGAUGGUGUGUUCAGUACGUGCAUCGAAAAGGAAGAGGAACCGCAGCAAGGCGGCAACUUUGUACCGGUCGGAAAAUGUGAACAGUUGCUUUCGGCUGAUGACGACUUCGAGUACAUGGAAAUCGAGGACUUUAUCGCCAUCGAGCAUCUGGUGCUGAAUAACGAGCUGGUCUUUGCAUCGUCCAAUGGCAAGGUGUUCAGUUAUCAGCUUGCGACCGGUGAUUUGGAAGAGGUAACACACUGCCAGAAUGGCAUACGGGCUAUGGGCUGGAGCCCUGACCAGGAACUGGUAGUGUUCGUCGAUGGUUCCCUGAACGUGGUCACCAUGAUCGGCAGUGCGUAUGAAGCGAUCGGGGAGGUUCAGCUGACGGAGGACACGUUCGGCGAUCGACAGUUCAUGAGCGUGGGCUGGGGCAAGAAGGAAACCCAGUUUCAUGGUUCGGAGGGUAAGGCGGCUGCCAAAAAGCCGCGCCACGAAGACGACGAUUACGGAACACCGGGCGAUGGUGGCGGCGGCGGCAGUAACGAUACGCCCGGUAGGGUCGCGAUAAGUUGGCGGGCCGAUGGUGAACUGUUUGCCGUGAGUUUUACCGCUCCUUUCGGUCAGCAGGCGUUUAAGGUAUUCAACAAAGAGGGUGCCCUCCAGUUCACCUCAGAACGGUGCAGUGGCCUCGGAAGUCUCAUUGCCUGGCGUCCGUCCGGUAACUGGAUUGCUAUACCGCAGCUGCAGCAGCGCGGGGAACGUUACACGAUCGGGUUGUUCGAAAAGAAUGGUCUGCGGCAUCAGGAAAUUCCUCUCUCAAUCGAUGCCUGUGAAGGUGUGGCCUGGCUGGACUGGAGCCCCGAUUCGGACGUGCUGGCGGUGCAGUGGGCUGGUGAGGCCGGUACCUUCAUCGACCUAUACGUGAUGGGUAAUUACCACUGGUACCUGAAGCAAUCGUUGGCGUACGAGACGAAGAAAAUUUGUUCCGUACAGUGGGACCAGAGGUUUUCCGCUGGCAAAACUUUGCACAUUCUAACCAACGAGGACGACGAAUAUUUCGAGUACGAACAGGUGCGGUUCGAUUUUCGUAUUGAUCGUUCGGCAGGCGACGACGGAGCGAUGGUUGCUGUGAUCGACGGAAAGCGGCUACUGUUGACUAACUUUGCGCACGCCGUCAUUCCACCGCCGAUGUGCGCUUACACCGUGGAACAGGAGCAUCCGAUCAAUGCGGUCGGAUACAUUCGCAGCCCGGGUCGUUGGAUCGUCAAUCGGACAGACAUUAGCUGCAAUGCAUUCUUCACUGUCGAUUCCCGCAACGUGAUGAGCCUUUAUGAUGUCGAUUUCGGCGACCCACAAAGUAUUGGCCCUUCGAAUGGCAUGACCCCCUUAAAGGGCGCUAAGCUGCUAAUGAAGAUGGAUAUUUGCAAAAGGCUACUUGACCCGGGUCAAAGUACCCAGUCCCACUGGUUGUGGCUGAAUCCGGAUCAUAUGCUUUUGGCCGAUGGUUCCGUGUGCUGCGUGUUACGCAUCGUUCCUGGAGAAAAGUGUCGCUUUUCAGCGAUUGAUUCUUGCGUCUGUUUCAAGGAGGCCACAUUGGCAGGAUGGAAUUCAACAGAACCGUUGGAUGACAUUGUGUGCAUCGAAGCAUUCUCUCCACACGUGGCACUGGUGGCAUACGCUUCGGGCCAGGUGGGGGAAAUCGCUGAACUUCGGGCUGAGCAACCAGUGCUACGCCCUCAUAGCAUUCUUCCCGAACCAUGCCAACAGUUGUUAGUUGCGCGAGAAGGCGAAGGACGAGCGGAGCUUUUUGCGUUCUCACCCAAUCGACGCACUCUCUAUCGGAACGGAAAACUGCUGGCGAAUGAGGUGACUUCAGCUUUGCUGACCACGUCGUACCUUCUACUUACUACCAUCUCGGAACUCAAGUUUGUGCCGCUGGCCUUAGACACGAUAGUCGGAGAAAGACGCAUCGAACGUGGCUCGAAGCUUGUUACCGUUGUGCCGGGAUCUUCACGCACCGUGUUCCAGUUGCCUCGGGGAAACCUGGAAGCAAUCUACCCGCGUGUCCUGUCGCUUAACCUAAUCGCUCAGCAUUUGGAGAUGAGCGAAUAUUGUAAAGCGUUCGACAUUAUGCGUAAGGAGCGCAUCAACCUGAACCUGUUGGUUGAUCACGAUGCCGGACUGUUUGUGCAACUUUUGCGAACACACUUCUUGCCACAGAUCAGCAACGUUCACUGGUUGAACCUGUUCAUCACCGAUCUGGCACCGCAGGACGUUUGCCGCACGAUGUACGAGAGUAAUUAUCCGAACCGCAAGGAUGGCGCGCUGACGCUUCCGGAUGGGUACUCCGUCGACGGGAAGGUUUCGUUUAUCUGCGAUCGUUUGCUGGAGGCAAUGGAUCCGGCUCCGACAGUUCUGACGCUGCCGAAGAUCACUUGCUACGUGAAGCAAGGCCAGCUGGAGCAAGCCCUGGCUCUCAUUUGGACUCUAAAACACGAGCAAAGGUUGGAUGAAGCGGCCGACGAAGCACUUCGCUAUCUACUGUAUCUCGUCGAGGUGAACACCCUGUACGAUGUAGCGCUCGGAAUGUACGAUUUUGGACUAGUUCUGUUUGUGGCCACCAAGUCGCAGAAGGAUCCGAAAGAGUAUCUUCCCUUUCUGAACGAGCUGAAGCGCAUGGAGGAAGACUAUCGCAAGUAUCGCAUCGAUUGUCACCUGAAGCGGUACGACCGGGCUCUGGGACACAUCGCACGCUACGAAGCCGAUGACGAGCGGUUUAAAGAAGCGCUCGAUCUUACCAUCAGCCACGAGCUGUACCCGACCGCCGUCGAUUGCUACCGUAACCGUAAUGAAGGGUACUAUCGGACCGUUUGCGAGCAUUACGGUGAUCACCUGCGCAAGGCGGGAAAGCAAGCGGAAGCGAGCCUGAUGUACGAACGGGCACACAAUUUCCAACAAGCGAUCGCAUCGGCCCGCCACGCUCUCGAUUGGCGUAGGUGCGCUCGUCUGACCGCACGCCACACACCCGACGAUGCGGCACGGGUACUGCGAUCCCUCGUCCCGGCACUCGUAGAGGCAGGAGAUCACGAGGCAGCGGCCACUAUUGCCGCCGAUCACCUGCGAGACUCUCGGCUGGCGGUGGACUGUCUGCUCAAGGAUCACCGCUACGAACGUGCCAUGCAGGUGGUCAGUGGAUCUGAUGAUGUGCCGCUACAGGACCUGGUACGGAGCGCACUACAUCAGUAUCUGGCGACGUUCGUGGUGGCGAUCGUCGCGGAGAGAGAACAAUUUUUGCGCCACAAAAAUCGUCUCUUGGUGGUGCGCGAAGAGCGAUCGAAAGCCUCCCAAAGGCAGUCGAACGGGCAGGAUGAUGGUGAUGUGGAAAUGGACUGCGGUGAUUGUGAUCUGUUUUCCGAUAGCUCCACCAUUGCCUCGUCGCGUCAUACCAGUAGCUCUGGACGAUCGGGAAAAUCGCAUCGUUCGAGCAAAAAUCGUCGCAAACACGAGCGUAAGUUGCAGAACCUGAAGGAGGGCAACCCGUUCGAGGACAUUGCGCUUGUUGAUGCGCUGCACACGCUUGUUCAGCGUGUCUGCAGCGUUGAUCGCCAGCGACACAUAAGAAGCACCUGUCAGGUGGCCGUGGAAUUGUCCUACGACGAGGAGGCUCGCAUCUUGCAGCGGGAAUAUGGUGCCCUGUUUCAGCUGGUGCGCUACUCGCUCGAUGCCAUCUGGAUACCGGAGAUGAUUGUACCAGGAUUGCCUCCCAGCACCAGCGGUGGUCAGCAGGAUGAGCAAACCGGCUCCGAGGCUCAGGCUACCCUCAGUACGGCUCUUUCUCCGGCAGAUCUGGUGCAAGCACAGAACACCCAGCGUUACGCUCUGAUCAAACCCCAUCAACGCUACAAGCCGGACAUUCAGAUGAUUCCGUGGCAGUGGGACAUUCUGAAGUAGUCCAAGUGAGAUGG